UCUCCCCGACUGUAAAGAUGUCAGUAACCUACAACUCCAACAAGCAAGUCUAUAAUGGGCAUGAGCUUUAUCCUUCCUCAGUUGUCAAUAAACCAAAAGUUGAAGUUCUUGGAGGUGAUAUGAGAUCUUUCUUCACACUGGUUAUGACUGAUCCUGAUGCUCCUGGUCCCAGUGAUCCAUACCUUAGAGAGCACUUGCACUGGAUUGUCACAGACAUCCCAGGGACGACAGAUUCCUCAUUUGGGAGAGAAAUGGUGAGUUAUGAAGUGCCAAGGCCAAAUAUAGGGAUCCACAGGUUCGUAUUCCUUUUAUUCAAGCAGAAAGGAAGACACGUGAAUCCACCACUCUCAAGAGAUGGAUUCAGCACGAAAUUUGCACAAGAAAAUCAACUUGGCCUUCCUGUUGCUGCUGUUUUCUUCAAUUGCCAGAGGGAAACAGCUGCAAGAAGGCGUUGA